CAAAGUUCAUUAGAAAAUGAUUCCCUGUUUAUUAUCAGUGAUUUUUGGAACAAUAACUACGAUGAUGAUAGGAUUUUAUUGGUAUUCAAUAUUAUUCUGUGACCGUUACUUGAAGGAAGCAAAUAUUAAAUUAGACAAAGAACAUGAAUCAAGUGAAUAAAAUAGUAAACCUUUGAUUUUAGAAUUGUUGGCCAGAUUCAUAAAGGCAUCAUUAAUUACAUACUUAUACAGCAUUCUCAAAGCAAAAGUAGAUUAUGAUGCUAAUUAAAAUAGAAUGAAAGAGAUUUGGAAUUGGCGCUAUCAUUGGCAGUGUUUUUUUGUGUCACUUUUGACUUGUAAUAUUUCACUUCAAAAGUCGUUUGGGAGUAAAAGACUUGGAAUUUCUUUUUUAUGAAAGUGACUGAACAAUUUAUUUCACUUUCAACUCUUUCCAUUAUUGCAUACAUAAUUGUGUGAUGAAUUAUAAUUCAAAAAUUUUGCAUACCA